UCAAAAAAUGACGCCCGGCAUCACUUUUCACCGCGGAAACAAGAAAUUAAAGCUAGGAAAGGCGGAAAUCAACGAGGCAAUCGAGUUUCCCGAGGAUUUUGAGUUUUGCUCAAUGGAACAGGAGAGGAGAUUUUUCAAAAAUUUCGUCGAUGACGUCACGAGAUUCGACGAAAAAAUGGCUCACACCACGGCGAGCAUCUACGACACGGCAACCAACGAAAUCGCCACUUGGAUCCUUAAAAAACCCGGAAAAUCGUCGAAAACGAAGGGAAUUUCGGUUUUUUCGCCGAAUGAGCCGAUUGGGACGUUAAAAUGUGCUCUGGUUCAGUGUAAUUUUACGGAUAUUUCCCGGUUGAUUGGUGAUUUUCGGCAGAAAUUACUGGAAAAAUCCACGGAAAAUCUGGAAGUCAGGGAUCACUUGGUGACGGAGAACGACGCGAUUCACGAGAUUAUUGAUCGGAUUUUGGAGAAGAACACGUCCUCAACAACAUGCCACGUCAUCAUAAUUCGUCAAUUCGAAUCUCUCCGUCCCAAUUUCUUUGCGUCUCUCGUCUCUCUUCUCUUCUCAAAUUCCACGUGUCGCCGUCUAAUUCCACGUAUCAAACUGAUGACGUGUGUCUCGACGUCACCAGCGUUUUUUACGCAAAAUUGCGGACUUGAGACGGCAAAUUUGAUGGAUUUGACGCAUUUUAGGUUCACCAAACUCGACGACAUUUUUUCAAAAAUAAUUGCUACCGGUUGCCACGCCCACUUCUUGCCGCCCCGCCCACCGCCAAAAAAUAUUGAAGAAGACGAUCCGGCACUGCUCAACAAUUUUGACUGCGCUCCGGCCGUUUUUUCAGGACCCUUCAUGAAAUACCUAAAAAAUCGAUUUUUCGCCUGCGACUACUCGAUUUCUGCACUCUCUCGUGCCAUCCAAUUGGCUCUUCUUCAGAAAUAUCUCGAGGAUCCCCUCUGGCGAGAAGAUGCUCACGACGCAGAGCUCCAAAAAUACGACCGUGUGCUCCGUGUGUUUCUCGAAGAAUUUGGUGAAAAUCCGGCCGAAAUCGACGAAAAAUUGGCUGAAAAUCUGCGAUGCCACGUGGAAAUUCAGUCGGAUGGCGGCGAUUUUUGGACGAAAAUUCGCCACGAAUCGAUAUUUCAAGAACGAAAAUCUGCGAUUUUUGACGGAAAUUCCACCAAUUUGCACUCAUUUUUGCGUCGAUUUUUGGCAAAAAUCACUCCAAUUGACCCAAAAUUCUGUGAAAAAUUGGAAAAUCUACGCGAAAAUCUGAUCUCCGCUGAGCAAAACCCAGAAAAGUCGGAAAUUUCGCCGGAAAAAUCGAUAACAACGACACAAAAAAUGAGCUUCCUGGAGAUGCAGAAGCAGCGCCGAUCGGCUAUGACGGCCAAGCAGCAGAACCCACUGAGAAGUGCGAAAAGUGCGAUUUUUUCGCAUGUUAUGAAUCUCUUCGAGACCACCCUUCAACCGUACCCCUCCACGUGGCGUAACGUCAUCGGCGCCAAUUUCUGGAUCGAUGACGUCACGAAGACGUCACUGGACGCGUCCGACGAGUACGAUAUCGAAAAUGCGAUGCUCAACGCGAAAAAAUUCGAAAAAAUGCCAAUUUCCGUCGCGUGGAGGUGCCUGCUGACGCAUCGCAACUUCAAAUCCGUACCGAUGGCCGAGUGGGCGGAGCUUUUUCUCAGAAAUGUACAACAAAUGAGCCGAAAAUCAGCGAAAGGCGCGUUUUUCGCCGCCGCCGGCCAACUCGAGCACAUUGGGCUCAUUCGUGGAGCCGUCGACAAAAAGUCGACAAAUGUUCACGUUCUGUACCAUCCGAUUUCGUUUAUUCCCGAUAUUUGAACUAUUUUUAUUUUUUUGCGAAGAUUUUCGAAUGAAUUUUGUGUAUUGAUU